AUGCUUGCCACCACACCCCGUCCACCAACAUAUCAAUCAAACACAACUGAUUUUGUUAGUGAUAAAGCAACCAGCAAUACGAACAUUUCUACACUUCGUCGAUCAUCUGCUUGUCCAAAUAUUAGUUCAAAUGUUUAUGCUUCAAAUCAACAAGACAUAUCAUCAACGAACGACAUGUCACCAAUUGCUGCAAUCGAUACUAGUAAAACGUUUUCUAUUUAA